AUGGAAUUGGAAAGUUUUCUCAAUCUCUCUAUUGGUCGUUCUCCCAAUCUCUCUGUGGUCGUUCUCCUCAAUCGCGCCAUCACCAGCAUUGCUCCCGUAGCUCACACUAGCAGGGGUAAUGACGAAGAACUUUCUUCCGCUUCAUGGAGAGGGGAAGAAGAGGAUAAGUUUAAAGAUGCAAAAAUGAAGGUCACCAGCUAGCAACUUUGGAAAAUCUCAUCACAUGAUUCCGAUGAUUCGCUUAGAUCUCGAACUCCGUUAUAGUUUCCAGCGUAACUUCUAGGUCUCUCUUUCACUCGCUCUAUCUCUUUCUAAAUUAUUAACGAAUAUGUUGCGGUAAUAUGAAAUUGACAAAAUAUGUUGAUCCAAAACCCUCCCUUGCUGUCCCUGCCGUCUGAAACUCUUUCCGAAGCCGCUUCCCUCCUACAGCUGUUGUUGCUUCCAGUUUCAGGGAGAGUAGACCAGGGAAAGCAUAUGGAAUACAGAGCUGUUUUCAAUCCAACAUUCCCCCUAAAUCUAUGCUAGUUAACUGGAUCAAUCGUUUCGUUAAAUCUGUUUUGUGGAUGUUCGAGUGGGCUGUGGAACUACCCGAUGAGUUACGUGAUGCGAGAGAGUGAUAAUAUUGAAUCUUUAGCGAGUAGAUUUGGGGUUAGUAUGGCUAGUAUUGAAUCUGUUAAUGGAAUUGUUAAUUCUGAUAAUGUUAUUGUUGGAUCUAUUUACUAUAUUCCUUUAAAUUCAGGUACGUAUCAAUAUCAUCAUUCUUUUUGAUUUCUUAAUCUAUUAUUGCUUGAUUGAAACAGAGUUUAAUGUUUUUUACUUUUUUUUGUUCAAAUGUUUGCACUUCCUGAUGAGCCAUCAUAUCCUGCAGAGAGCGUUGUUCCUCCAGCUCCUACUUCUGCUCUAGCACCGCCUGUUCAUGAUGUUGCCUGGUAACAUGGAUUGGAGUAGUUGAAUUCGUCAAAUGAAGGAAGAGGACACAAUAAUCUGUUCAAAAUUCUACAAGAAUGGGAACUAUGGGGUGAACAGGUCUGCAGAUGAUUUCAAUCUCAUUCAAAACAUUAUUAACAAGACUAAAUCCAAACGAGUCUCAUUCUCAAGAGAAAACUGAAGCAAAAGUCCAAGACAAUGAGCUUAAGCAUAAGGGUGAACAGAAUGGAGAUACUGAGAUGGUGACACCAACUCUGAAGAGAAGACGAAGUGCUUCACCUUCAGACAAUAGGGGUGCAUUGAUGGAACAGUUUGUUAUCAGUUCCUCUUAUGUUGAAUAUCAACUUUCUGCAAACUUGGUAGCUCUCAUAUCCUCUUUAGUUGGUCCACAUAUCACUGCCUCUACGGCCUCUGCUGCCAUCACAGCACUCUGUCAUGAAAUCCAAUGUCCAAAUGAGAUAUUUGAUGGCGAUGAUAGUGGCGAUCAUGUCUUAGGUUCUUCUCCUGAAGACAUCCUUGAGAGAGAACACCGGGAUGAAGGUACAGAGGCUGGUGGAGGUCUUGGUGAGUUAGCUAUAUGUCUUCCUUCCAUUGGUUAUACCUCGAGCAUGACUAUUGAUGUUGUUGACAAAAAGAACCCCACACUGGUGUCUCCAUUAGAAUGUCGAAUGUUGGUUCUCAACUCAAUUGCUCAAUCACAGUGUCUGUGCUAUGUGUUCUCGGUGGACUUCAGGGACCUGAUAGACUGGAGAAAGUUGGAACUUGUGGUUAUGUAUUGUUUAUUUAUCUUACUUCCUUUGGCCUAUGGAGUCGUGAAUAUACUGAAGAAGAAAGAUGGUUCAAACAAUGUUAAUUCACCUCUGAGUGGAAACAGAGGACAGAGAGCUUCUAGUGGCGGGGGAGGAGGAAGUCGUCGUCUUUCCGUUUCAAAAGACACCGAUGAAUUCGUAGCUUACACAGUUCACAUCCCGCCGACACCCGGCCGAGGAACGACAUCGGAAUUUCAGAAUAGUCUGUUGGAGAGCAGAAAGAGUGCGGCCGGAGGACCCCACAUCGGGUCUUAUGUAAAGGAUACGCUUUAUACCGGCGGGUUCAAUUCGGUGACAAUCGGAAUUGAUUUGUGAAAUCGAAGGUUGUGAUGAUAAUGCACAGGAUAAGAAUUGGAAAGGUCAGUGUGAAUGUGGGUUUAGAAUUUGUAAAGAUUGUUAUUUGGAUUGUAUUUCUAAUGGUACUGAUAUUGUAAUGGUUGUAAAGAGGCUUAUAAGGAUUUAACUGAUUAUGAAA